GAGGAGGGCUGAUCAGGGCUGGGAAGGAGGUAAGAGCGUGAGGAGAGUAAAAGAGAUGAAGAGCCAAACUGGCAAUUCUGCCAAAGAGUAAGAGAGACUGGUGCCUCUGUACAAAAGGGACCAAGGGAAUGUGAUUUGGCAAGUGGCAGAAAAUAGGGGUCUAUUGAAGAAGAAGAAGAAGAAGACAAACGAGGAUCUAGCUGAAACAGCAAGAGAACACUAAUAAAGAGUCCCCAAACGUAGACGUUUUUAUUGUGUUGAGAGGGAACAGGACAGAGAGAAAGAGAGAGAGAGAGAGAGAGAGAGAGAGAGGCGUUCUCCUACCCGGGGCUGUCUGAUCUAGUUUCAGAUAUUUGUAGGGGGUAGAAGAUCUGUUUAAAGACUUCUUCCAAAGAAUCAAGCGCUGCUCUGGUUCCUUCUCCCAACACCAAUUCACCUGGUCAAGAGCUGCUAAAAAGCUGUGGAACCAUGAAGAGACCUCACGAUUACAGCUCUCCAGAUUCAGAUGCGGAUGAGCUGAUCGACGUGGGCCAGGAGGACAGUUACUGUUCUGUCACUGGGUCUAUGUCUCCCAGCAGUACUUCACAGAUACUAGCCCGCAAGAAAAGAAGAGGGAUAAUUGAGAAAAGGCGCAGAGACAGGAUCAACCAUAGUCUGUCAGAGUUGAGGAGACUUGUACCCAGCGCCUUUGAGAAACAGGGUUCGUCUAAACUCGAGAAAGCCGAAAUUCUUCAAAUGACAGUGGAUCAUCUGAAACUGUUGCAUGCCAUGGGCUCAAAAGGUUAUUUUGAUGCCCGUUCGCUAGCAGUAGACUACAGAACACUGGGAUUUCGUGAGUGUGUGGGCGAGGUGGUGAGAUACCUCGGUUCUUUGGAGGGAGCAGAUUCUUCAGAUCCUAUUGGUGCCCGUUUGGUGUCCCACCUGAGUCAGCGUGCCAGUGAGCUCGACCCUUUGCAUCAGAACCCAGCAGCCCUGGCCUUUCCUCCAUGGCCUUGGGGCUCCUUCCCUCAGCUUGGUGGCUCCUCUAGCCCCGCCUCCUCUUCCCCUUUUCCUCCGGCCAACCGCCGAGACAUGGCCCCUCAUGCUGCUGCGACUCUACUAGCAUACCCUUCACCAGCCCUGUGUUUGGCACCGCUGGGAAACCAGGCAACACUUUUGAGCUCUGCAUUAUCUCCAGUGCACAGAAUGUCCUCUGUUUCAUCACACUCUCAUAGACUGGCACAGCCAUCCACAGAGAGCUCAACAGUUCCUUCACCUCUGCAUUCCGUCCCACCCCGUUCCCACAACUCCUCUUCCCCUUCCUCUAAUUCCACUUCGUCUCUCUCCUCCACUUCAUCUGCUGGUCACCCUCAGGUUUCCUUCAGACCCUUUGUCGCUCUGAGAUCUCCAGCACCACUGAUCAGGGUCAGCAAGUCAGCACACAGUUGGGGAACAGAGAUUGGGGCCUUCUAAUUUUACUAAACUAGAAGACUUUUUCAGACUUAUAAGACUUUUUACAAAUAUGCAACUCAUACCUUAUUGGGACAAGAGAACUAUGCUAUAUCCUGAGUAAAUACCAUUUGGGUUAUAGCUAUUACAAAAUGUUAAGAAUGUAUCCUCUUGACAUUUCCUAUGCUGUUACUUAAAACAAGAAAAGAUGUCACCCCAAAUGGUAGCAAUCAAGCAAGCCACAUCCACAUUCGCAUUCAAUUAAUAAUUCGUAUUUAAGUGAUUUGGAAUCAUAUUCCAGAAUAAAAAAGCAUGACUGCUGAGAAGGGACUGGGGGAAAAGGGGGCCUCACUCUAAACAAAUCAAUGUAAACACAAAUUCUAUCAUUUCCACUGAUGUAUUUUUUUGACACAUGCAUAUGCUCGCUUUUUAGUUUCCUCAGUCAUUUACAUAUCAUUACUCAGAUAUCUUUAUUCAGAUUAUGUUAUAUGUUUGACAUGAAAUUGCUUUCAUAAAGACAAAAGUGCCUUAUCAUAUUAGUGUGUUGCAAGCUUUUUCUCUGGGCAAGCGUAUCAACCAACUGGCAACCGUUAGAUGGCAGCAACCGAAAGUCUCUUGUAAAUGAACCACCAUGACAUCAGUCAGCUAGUGAACAUAUGCUGGAGAAGAAGAUGAAGUACUGCAUAUCUCACCACUUGCUCAAUGUGUUUCUGGUAUUAGGCAUUACUCCGAGCUUGAUGUGGCUUUGGGUUUGAUUACUUGCACACCAGAAACCAUUCUUUGGAGUGUUAUAAAAUCAGUGGCUGAUUAAGGCUUAACAGGGAACACCAAAAAGCUGUUGUUUUGAUUUUUAUAUCGACUGAUUUAAUGUAUUUAAUGGCUUCAUAUGUAUAAGUACAUUUUUAAUAUAGCUUUAAUGUUGCCAAAUUAAUUAAAAAU